AUGGAAGAGGCAAUUGUUUAUUCCACUCCAAAGUUUGAUCAAAUUUUGAAGAUGAACCAGGUAAUUCGCCAUAACGAUGCGAGUGCCAAAUUAUCUCAGGAUAAACUUUCUUACGAAAACGAAAAAGUUAAAGUUAUUGACGGAUUUCCGAAUCAUAUUGAUCAUUCCAAAUUAUCUCGAGGAAAAUUUUUUAAUUGGACUAAUGAAAAUGAAGAAGAUAUUUGCGUAUAUAUGACUUCUUGUAUACAAAUACCGUAUUAUUUUGAAUCGCAGAAUGAAAUCUAUAAUGAAAAAGAAGAUCAAUAUCCCUUUUAUCUUCACGAAUCAUCAUAUUUAAAUGAGAAUAAACCUAAAAUUUGGGAUGAACAAACUACAAAAGUUUUAUUAGAGUAUUAUAAAGCAGAUAAUCCAUUGGAUAUUAAACGAGGUGUCGAUUAUAAAUUGAUUCAUGAAAAUAUUGAUGAAAUUAUUGAAGAGAUUGAUGAUAUUCAAUUCAGGAAUGAUACUGUAGAUUUUUGGAAAGCGGAUAAAGCUUUAGCAAAUGUAUAA